AUGAUGGAUAAAGUCAAAGCUAUCAUGGAGAAAGGAAAAGAAGUGAUUCAGAGAGGCAAAGAACAGGAAUUGUUUCAAUCACAUGAUGAUUAUAAGAAUCCCGAUGCUGCUGGAGAGUGGAAGAAAUUCUUGAAGUCUGCUCACUAUGGUGCAGUCGUCCCAGCAGGUUAUCUGGACGUUGAUCAGCGCCAAAAUGACCCAAGUUUCUGCAUAGAAACAUUCGUUCAUCGCUUUGAGGUCGAAGCCCGCUGUGCAGUUCUCAUCAAACAAUUCAAUGCAUACAAAGGCAACACCGAACACAACCAAUUACUCGUCUCCGACAUCAUCUACUACAAUCUUGCCCACGACACCGCCGAAACCGAAGUCUGGCGCGGAAUCCUCAAUUUUCGCCCCUUCGACGCUACCUACAUGGAUGCCGUAACACAACUCCCCAAACUCGGAUUAGAGCGCGGAGCCGAUAUUUCAGUCACGACCUGGCACCCGGUUUUCGGCCCGAAAUACGUAAGACCGGUUCCUCGCGAGGGUAGCCUGAUGAGUUUCAUGGGAUCGGAUGUCGAGGCUCAGAUACGCAGAGCGGAGGCUUUUUAUACCGAGGGAACGGCGGCGAGACUUACCAGGGCCCCGACUUUUGGUAGUAGUACGGCUUCGGAUCGCGAGUGGGUUUCUAAUGUGCUUAAUGGAUGCCUUAAUGUUUCGGAUGAGUGGCUUGUUCAUUCUCGUCCUGCGAGUAUCAUCUCGGGUUGUUCGGCCCUCAUCAAUCAUCAUCAUGAGUGUACGGCUCCUGCUGAUGCCUUGCCCGCUUCGCCUACUUUCAGCUGUGUUGCUGCGCCGGCUGCUACGGGUCGUAGCUAUACUGGUCCUAAUCCCUCGGAUGCCUUGGAUCAACGUUUGGAGGAUCACGUUCAUACGCCUAUUACAAGAAUGGAGAUAGAUCUGGAUCUGGAGAGUGCUAGUCAGAAGAAAAGUAAUCUCGAGUAUAGAUUCAUCCUGGCUGCUGUAAUUGUCUUCUUCAUCGGUGGAUCAAUCGCAGCUAUUGUCACAGCAAUUGUGGUCGCUAUCAAGCGAAAGACGUACUAG